AUGGAGAGGAUGGAAAACAAGGUGCUGAGCAGAGUGAAUGAAAACCCAGCUGUGGUUGUUCCCAGAUGUGGUCCAGCAAGUCCAUUUAAAGGACAGCUAAGUACUAAAAGUAAUGCUUUCUGCAUUGACUCCUCCCGAAGUCUGACUAACCAGUACCUGAUCAGAGAUCACUUGAUGUUUCAUUAUAACAGAAUUCUUUCAGCCAAAGCAGCUGUAGACUGUUCAGUGCCCAGAAGUAGGUUGAACAGCAUUAAACUUGCUGACCAACAGAGAAGAGAGAAACUGAAAAAGAAGAUAGCCAGGUAUGAAAAAGAAAUGAGUGUGGGCAAAAAUGCCUCACGAUCCAGCUCAAGAGAGAGUGGAAAGCUGCUGUCAACUUCUUUUGGAAAGAAUCCCUUGGAAGUAGAAGAUAAAGACAGUCUGUUCUCCUGUGUUGAGCACACACCAUACCUGUCAAGAGCAAUGUCACCUUAUGGUGAGCUUGGCUUGCUUCACUCCAGUCCAGUGAAAUGUGCCAGAAAACAUUCUCGGAAUAGAUCUAAUGCAUCUAACUCAAACUCAAGUGUCAGUACGUCAAGCACACCAAGAAAACGCUCCGGAGUUUCAAGCUGUUGCUCCUCUGAUAGCUUUGUGAGCAUCAGUCAUUCUCAGAGGCGUCAGGAAAGCAACUCCAAAAUAUACAGUGGGGAUCUUCUGGACAGACACUCAGAAUUGUUUACCAGCAGCCGGAAACCUUUUACUCCACGCACCUUAAUAUCAGAUGCUAAAUCUGCCCUGCUCGGGUAUAGGUAUUACACUGCUGCUCAAAGGAAAAGGAAAAAGCACUGCAAGCGACACGUGGAAGCUGAAACACAGACUGAUGUGAUCAGCUUUCCAAGUGCAGAUAAAGGAUCUGAGAGAAAAGUUAUGACUGAACAGCAGAAGAUGACAGUGAAGAGUGAAGAUAAAAGAUACAAUAUGGAUGAGCCUGAGAGAGGAAUAGCUGCUUUUCCAUACUCCUUUCUGAGAGAGGCAUCACUGUAUUCUGAGCAGCUUUCAGCAAGGAUGAAUAUUGAGGCUGUAGAAGAUGACCAUUUAUAUUUAACUUUCAUUGAAGAUGUAACAAAUGACAUUCUUGACAUUGGGCUGUUUUCUAACAGAGUUCUGGAACAAUUGUUUGAAUGUCAUAUACAAGAAAAUAAGAACCGUUUGGAUGAGAGCAAAAUGCGGCACCUGUUGGAUGUGCUUAAAGAAGACCUUGGCUGCAGCCCACACAGUGAUGCUGAGCAAAUCCACGCAGGCUGGGAAGCCUUUGAGUCACUGGAUCUGGGAAAGGUUAAUAUGAUGGAACAGCUUGAGUUUUGCAGUAGAAAUCGGAAGCAAGGAAAAGCUAUGAAAAGUGAAGAAUUCUUUAAGACCAUGGAUUUGUUAUCAAAGAAACCAAGUGCAUAUGAAGUGCCAUUAUGCAGUGAAAAUUCAAAGAAGACAGAGAGCAAGGGUGACUUUUCAGAAGAUGUUGAUGAAAUGAUGAACGCUGAGACAGAGUCUCAUGCUUGUGUGAAAUCUGAAGACCCAGACGCUUCACCCUCAUGUGAGGAAACUCUAAACUUGAUUACUUGUGACAGUGAUUUGGAAGCCAACAAGGAACUUGAUGAUCUUGAGGAAAACUUUGCAGAGGUCCUUCAGAUCACACAUGACCACUCAUCAUAGUGGCCAAAAUUUAGCUGUUAAAUAGGGAGAAAACUAUUUUUGUAGAGAAUUGCCAUUCGCUAAAUAAAGAGAAGUAAAUUGUUUAUCUUCAGAUGUUUUAACAGAAUUACUGAAUUCUCUUUAGCAGAGUAUUUAUUACAGAUCAGUGAACAUUUCUUUACUGAUGUAGACUGUAAAGGGUAAAAUGACUUAAAAAAAUACUUUGUAUAUUUUCUCUAUAAACGUAUAGCCCAAAACUAACUUUUGGGAAUAAUAAAAUUAGAUGCAUAUUUUAUAGAAAGCUUCAGAGUUACAAAAUAUUUGUUUUUAUUUAUGACAAAUAAAAUUAAUUGAUGACAUUUCUAAUAUAAUGGUGGUUCAUGUUAUAAAGAUGCAAGAUUUUUGUAGUUCGCAAGAAGAAUUCAAUUUACCCACACAGAAAUAUGAUGUACUGCUUACCUGCAGAGCAGAGACAGAACUGUUUGUUCAGCCUGGAAGGCAGCAGCAUUAUUUCCUUUCUUCGUGUUCAGCCAUUGUUUGAUGUUAAAUCCCACUGGAGCAUGAUGUUCUUAUCUCA